CGAACCUUUCUCCUCGCCCUCACCCACCCCACCAAGCACCCCACCCCCACCACCACCGAAGAUGCCGAUCUCCAUCCACGGGCCGACCGCGCCCCCCAAACUCUUCUCGCUCCUCCCAUCGCGGCACACCGACGACGCGAUGGACACGGACCUGGACUCGCCGUCCACCUCGCUCGUAACCCCCGGCGAAACGAUCACCAGCGACCCACAGUGGAUGCGCGGGCACGGCACGUACCUCUCGCGGUCCGCGGCGCUCCCGCCGUCGAUCAUCGCAUCGCUCAGCGGCACGAUCCAGAAGACCAACAAGCUUUUGUCGGUAGUGCCGCUGCGCUCGCGGUACCACCCCGAGAUCGGCGACCUCGUCGUCGGCCGCAUCGUCGAGGUCCAGUCGAAGCGCUGGAAGGUCGAUAUCUGCAGCCUCCAGUCCGCCGCCUUGCUGCUGAGCAGCAUCAACCUCCCCGGCGGAAUCCUAAGGAAGCGGACGAGCACGGAUGAGCUGCAGAUCCGCACGUUCUUUGCUGAGGGCGAGCUGCUCGUCGCGGAGGUCCAGAGUCUGUUUCAGGAUGGAGGGGCGAGCUUGCAUACCCGCAGUCUGAAGUAUGGGAAGCUCCGCAAUGGGUACCUCGUCACUGUGCCGGCGGGGUGUGUGCGCCGCGCGCGGAGCCAGCUGGUUACACUUGCGGCAACGGAUAUUGAGGUCGUUCUGGGCGUCAAUGGGAUGGUGUGGAUUCAGGUCAAGAAGGCAGGCGCCGAGGGGAAGGACGGCGAGGCUACUGAGGAGAUGUAUUCCGACAAGAACGAUUACAUCACGCCCGAGAAGCGGAGGGAGAUUGCGCGCGUGGGCGCCUGUGUUAGGGCCAUGGUCAGGUGCGGCCUCAGGGUCGAUGAGGACCUGCUGAACGCGGUGUAUGAGGCGGCUGUUGAGGAGGCCGAGGGGGAGAUGGACGAGAAUGCGGAUGAGAGCCUCGAGGGCGAGAAGGGCCGGCUGGUGGUCGAACGCGCGGUCGCAAGGAGGUUGGUGUAGAAUCGAGUGGUAGCCACACAUACCACUGCUGCUCCCGUGACGGUGAAUUCCGAAGUGUCUCAGAAGUGACGCCCGAUGAAGGAGUCGAGUAUUGGCAUCUACCGUAGCGCACGAUCUUGACGGGAUCUGCAUACGCAACAUCACGUGGCGGAGAUGGGCAUCGCAUAACUUGGCACGUCACUGCACAUAUGUAACUAUCCUCCGCCACCGUCUAGUUAGAGCACAC